GAGCUCCCCUUUGGCUCCCGCCGUCCCCAUCGGAGCGCCCCUCUCCGCUGGUUCAGCCAGUUGUAGUGGGAGGCGGGGCUAUGGAGACGGAGUAUUACGGUGGGGAGCAGUCAGAAUUACAUAUGGAAAACUUGGAAUAUGCUCCUGAGGAACUUAGUCUGAACCCUUUCCAAGGGGGCAAAAGAGAUGAUGGUGGAGCCACACCAGUACAGGAUGAGCGUGAUUCAGGAUCAGACAUGGAAGAUAACCGAAAUGAACAACGCUCUGGAUCGGAGAAUGGAAGCAUAGGACAACAUUCAGAGAAUGAACUUAGUGACGGGGAAGAUGACAGACAAACUCUACAACAUCCCAUGACAGACUCAGAAAAUGAAGAUACACCGGGACAGAAACAUAGUGAUUCAGAAAACGAGGAUGCCGUUAAUCAUAAUGGCAGUGACUCAGAAAAUGAAGGGGUUGAUGGAGAGAAAGACAGUGACUCUGAUAUGGAAGAUAAUCCUGUUCAACCUGCGAGUGACUCGGAGAAUGAGGAUGCUGUAAAUAAUCAGGCCAGUGAUUCUGAGACAGAGGAGCCUCUGAAGGGCCAUGGCAGUGAAUCUGAAAAUGAGGAACCUCCGAAGAACACGGGCAGUGAUUCUGAACAUGAGAGUGUGCAUAAAAGGCAUGGAAGUGAUUUAGAAAAUGAAGAGCCCCAGAAACAUCCAGCCAGUGACUCGGAAAUUGAGGAGCACCCAAAAAACCAUGACCCUGAUUCAGAAAAUGAGACAGUGCAAAAACCUCUUGCCAGUGACUCUGAAAAUGAGGAGCAAAAGGUCCAGUCCAGUGAUUCUGAAUGUGAAGAUCCCCCCAGAAAUGAAAAGAAAAUAGAGGUAGGUGAUAGUGAUGGAGAAAAUAAGAAGGAAGAGGAACUGGUGAAUAGCGCCCAGCUUUCAGAUAGUGAUGUUGGAAAGAGACUACAUGGCUUUGACAGUGAAGAAGAAGGAAGUCCCAAAAAACAGAAGAUAGACAGUGAUGAAGAUGGAAAAGAGGAGGAGAAAUUGGCCAAAAGGAAAGCUGUUGUGCUCUCUGAUAGUGAAGAUGAAGAAAGAACACCUGCAAAAAAGAGCCGUGUUAUCUCUGAUGGUGAUGAAUCAGAUAGUGAUGCUACCACAGGGAAAUAUGAAAAGCAAAAGAAAUCUAUCGCUUCUGAUAGCGAGGAAGAUGAUGACAAGGAUGACAGUGGAAAGAAGAAAGAAGAAAAAGAUCUUUUUGGAAGUGACAGUGAGUCAGGAAAUGAGCAAGAAAACCUCAUAGCAGAUAUAUUUGGAGAAUCUGGAGAUGAGGAAGAAGAGGAAUUUACAGGAUUUAACCAAGAGGAUUUGGAAGAGGAGAAAGCAGAAAGAAAAGAAGUAGCAGAAGAAUCCGAUUCUGAUGACAAUAUCAGAAGAGGAAAACAUAUGGACUUCAUGUCAGAUUUUGAUAUGAUGUUACAACGGAAAAAGAGCAUGAGUGGCAAACGCCGGCGCAACCGUGAUGGCGGGACAUUCAUUAGUGAUGCUGACGAUGUAGUCAGUGCCAUGAUCGUUAAGAUGACUGAAGCCGCAGAGGAGGAUAGACAGUUGAAUACACAGAAGAAACCAGCACUAAAGAAAUUAACUUUGCUUCCAACUGUAGUCAUGCAUCUUAAAAAGCAGGACUUGAAGGAAACCUUCAUUGACAGUGGUGUAAUGUCAGCCAUCAAAGAGUGGCUUUCUCCAUUACCAGAUCGGAGUCUUCCUGCCCUGAAAAUUCGAGAGGAGCUUUUGAAGAUUUUGCAAGAG